ACCACCUUCUUAAUCAGUUCUACCCCGCUGCCCUCCCUGUCCCUCCCCCGGUUCCCUGCCAAAUGCGUCGAUUGCGUUCCGACGCGUUUGGAGCGUGAAGUUGGAAUGACGGCCGCGAAAUCAGGCCGCCCUCGUCGGUCGCACACCCUCGGCGCAUGCCGCACCUGCCGGCGUCGUCACGUCAAGUGUGACCAGAAGCGUCCGGUGUGUCGGACCUGCCGCACCCUCGGGGUCCCAUGCGAGGGCUUCACCAGCGAAGUCCGCUGGAUCCGCGACAACGGAGGCAGCCCAGAGCCAGAGGAUCACAAUGGGACACGCCGCCACCUGUACACUGAACAGUCAAGGCUUUUGAUGAGCACCUCCCUCGGCUCGAAUCUUGUGUCUGGGUCUGUUAGCGCUUCCUUGGCUGAAAUUGAUCUGCGCACGCGUGAUUCCGAGCGUGCGCCCGUGGGUGAUAUCGUGGUCGGUCCUUUUGCUGUCCUCGACUUUGCGCCGGAUGCUUCCCAGAAUAUGCCAGAGCAGCCGCAAGGCGACAGUGUUGAAGAACCAGAGGCUCCCCGGAGUCUGCCACAAACUGUUUCUUCCGGCACGGCGGUGCCUCCGGACGCCCAUCUAGAAGCAUUGCCAUAUAUCAACGACUCUCCCUCACACAUCGAUGACUUCUUACAUUGGUCCGAUAUUCUCGGCCUAAGCCCCGACCAGCCAGGUUUUUUCCAGCCGCCAAUGGCGGACUUGGACAUGUACUUUGGUGUUGACCCACAGCCUGACCCUACAACGCAAUCUGUUGCUAUCGGUGAGGAUGUCACUCAGGCCAGCAAUAUGCCGUUGAUGACUCCCCCUCGGAGUGCGAUUGAAAUGGCUUCUACAUUCCUCGAUGCUGCUGCGCUGGCCGAUGCGCCGUUUCUUUUCAAACACUUCAAUGAGAACGUAGUGCCGCAGUUGAUGAUCAUGCCGCUUGGUGAAAAGUCCCCUUGGAGGGUUUUGAAUCUGGCUGCUGCAAUGGCCACCUACAAUGACCUUACCAUACUCGGGUCUCAGAGUAUCAGUCAUGCUCGUCUCGCCAAUUUAUACGGACUGUUAGCCUGUGCUGCCAGUCAUUUGUCGCUGAGCUCAGGACCCAAUGUCGCUAACUCAAAUCAACAUUGGGAGCAAGCGGCCUACCAGAUGUUUGAACAAGCCAGAGACCGUAUGGGCAAGUCACUCAAGUAUGAGACCCGGGAGCCCAAGAGGGCAAAGUAUAAGGACCAACUGAUGGCAAUUUGCUGUCUCAUCGAGUAUACAGUUAUCUCCGGACAGCAUCAACAUGCGCGUAGCUUUAUGGUCAACGCAGAGUUUAUACUGCGCAUGCGCGGUCUGCUCAAGCAUCGGAUCUCCCAAAAGGCACGACUUCUUCACCAUGUGUACACGUGGCUCCGGCUAGUGGGCGAGAGUACUUUUGUACUGCACGACUAUAACCCUUCCAACUCUUUUAUCGAGGCGCUGGACGUCAACUUCCAACGCCACCGUCUGGAUAUUGCCCCAAGGGCCGAAGAGCCUGAGCCUCAUCUCGAUGAUUUUUUGCGCCUAGAGGCCCACGAUGCAGACAGUGACCUGAACAUCAACGAACCCAAGGAUAAACAAGUGGGGCUGCACGACAUCCACCUUCAGGACUCGCGUAGCUUUACAGACACACUGUACAAACAAAUUUAUGGGAUUCCCGAAACCUGGCUGAGCCUGGUAUCGCAAACAACCAGGUUGGCGAAUGCGAUGGAGACAUUUCGCAUCGCGCAGAGAUCAGGUAGGAACACAAGUCUGGCAGCAUGGGAGACGCUUUAUCGCCGCAGUGUGCGCUUGGAAAAUCUGAUCUGUUCCUGCGAUCUUUCCCCGAUCCGAGGCGACCCUUCCAAACCUCAUGGCCAUAUGCUGCGAGCCCUCAACUCGGCGCUGGUGAUCUUCUUCUAUCGCCGCAUCCGCCGGGUUCACCCUGUCAUAAUGGCAGCACAUGUUGACAGUGCAAUUGAUGCUCUGGCGCAAUUCACAUUAUCCCUGCUACCCGGCCGCUCGACGGGUCCAGGCGCUGCGUGGCCUGCAUUCAUUGCCGGAUGUGAAGCCUUGACUACGCCCAGGAGGGAAUCCAUCCUCCUGUGGCUGGAGAAUGCCAUCUCAACAUGCGGCCCUGCAGGAUUCAGGGCUGCUAGAGAGAUCAUGAUGGAGCUAUGGAGCAGGCAAGAUGAGCAUCUACACACGAAUCGUGGCGAGCCAAUGCCAACUUGGAUAGAUUUCGUGCGAGAGAAGCAAAUCUGGCCUCUGUUCUGUUAGAUUCUACCUUACGAUGUAUGACACCUACUACUGUACGAGUAACGUUGUUCGAGUCUAGCAUUUAUUCAUUGUUCAUUCAUCUUAUACACAUUCAAUCCAUCCUCAUUUAGAUCGUCUUCACCCCAGCAUUCUUCAGCAACCCCUUGAGCUCCUCCUGCAACUCCGGACUAAGCAACGCAAACGGCUUGCGCAGACCACCCGUCGCCUGCCCAGUCAACUCAACGCCCGUCUUAACCGCCGCCGCAUAGUUGUGGCUCUCCAGGAACUUGCAAAUCGGCCACGCCUUGCUCCACAGCUCCCGACCACGCACCAGAUCCCCCUUCACAGAAACAGCCUCAUACAACUCAACUGCCAGCUCAGGGAUGAUAUUAGCCGCACCCCAAACGCCACCGGGACAUCCCGCCGCAAGACCAUAGAAGGUCAGCGUAUCCCACCCGUUGAAUGCAGUAAUCUGGUCUGAUAGUCCGAAGACGAGCUCCGUGAAUGCCGGAGCGUUACCCGAUGUAUCCUUGAGGUACUUAACCCCAACCUUGGACAGCCCCGCAAUCUCGGUGGGAGUCAAAGUCAGCCCCGAAGCAGAGGGGAUAUUGUAGUACAUAAUCGGCAGCCCUGACGCAGAAUGAAUCUCCUCAAACAUCUCAGUGAGCUGCUCAAGAUUCACGGGGUCAUAAAACGGCGGCACAACCAUGACAGCCGCAGCCCCCGCCUUCGCCGCAUGCACAGCUAGCUCGACUGCCUCGGCGGUAGAUGUAGCGCCCGUCCCCGCGACAACGGGUAUACGACCCGCGGCGUACUUGACGCAGAGUUCUGUAAGCUGCUUCCGCUCUGCGACGCUCAUUGUGGUGAAUUCGCCGGUGCUACCGCCGGGCACGAGGCCGUGGAUGCCUGCGGCGAUGAGGUGAUUUAUGUGGGAUUCGAGGCGGGAUUCAUCGAUGCGUGUUUUGUCGUCUGUGAAGGGGGUGAUUAGGGCGACGAGGAUACCGUGGAGGGCGGACAUUCUGGCGGUUUGUUUGUGUGUGGUUGUGUGAGGUAAGAGGAUGGAUAAAUUGUGGAUUGAUUGUACUGGGAAUGGAGUGUGAAAAAUGGAGGGGUAGAUAUAUCUAUCUAUGAGACGGCGGACAAGCCUUCUGGAUGGGGAUGUUGUAUAGCAUAGGGAUUGCCUGCCUCUUUGGGAUGCGCUUCGCAGCGUCCGAUCCAUCCAUCCAUCUUUUCCCCAUCUCCGAUCGUUUCGUGCAGUCUAGCCAUGGUCGCGCAGGUUAACUUGACUCCUCUCAAAGAGGUUGUGAAUGCCUGAGGUUUGAUUUUGCCACCCCAGCUCCCAACCGUCUUCUCUGCUCUCUCAUACUUGUCAAUAUCAGUUGGUCACCUGACUUGAUUCCUCCCAGGCAGGAUGAUCACAUGAUGCGGCAAUGGCGUCACAUGGUUUUCUCUAUUUUUUCUUCGACGCCACCCCCAUCAUCAGCAUCAGGAAUGCCAGAACGACCACAAUCUCCACCCAGGAUCCCAUCAGAGCAUGUCACUUACCACUCUCCCUGCAGAGAUACUGCUUCUUAUACUUGACUGCAUUGACCUACCCGAAACCCUGAGGAAUUUCUGCUUGCUGUCGGCGAGAUUCCGCGCCAUCGCCCAACCCCUCCUUUAUCGAGAAAUCACCCUCGCACCGGAGGACCUUUCACUUUCGCUUUUGCUCCUCUGUCGCACGAUAACGACGUGUCCGCUCAUCGCUUCUCAGGUCAGAUCUCUUGAUAUCGAUACUGAGCAGCCCAUUGACCUGGAUGAAACCGAGCGCCCUGAACGGCGCGGGUUAUCAAAACACGACACCAGGUUUUUGAAAUGCGAAGCCCAAAAACUCAACAUCGGUAGUAUAGAACUGUUUGACUCUGUAUCCUGGGCAACAGAUUCGAUAAUUCUGUCAUUAUUAUUGAUCUCCCGCUCCCCCAACCUCAGGGAGCUCUUCAUCAAUCUUGACCCUGCGGGCCUUUCGCUCCUGACUAGUCUAGCACAGGCGCGAACCGCAGACAAUGUGCGUCAAUCUUUAGCAUGCUUAGGUAGCUUUAGAACACUCCAGCUCAGCUGCUUCCGAGAUUUACACGGCAAUGGAAUUGAUAUCAGAAACAUCACUCUGCUUCUUUCCUUUCUUCAUCUGAGUAAGAUCCAAAUUAGCCACUACGAUUCCAC